AUGCAGUCAUCUUCAACUACGUCCAUCAUCCGCCACUCUUCUUCCGCCGCUCUCGCCACCUUCCUCCGUCGCACGGCGUACCAUCACGGCGGAUGCGGAGUCGGCGUUACAAUCCGCCGCAGCUACUAUCUUCUCUCAUCAAAACGAAGUAAUCCUCCUCAUGUCCCUACAAUACCCCACCCGAGCAAGAUUUUUCUCAGAGCCUUGCUUGCGCCUGUUCUCUCCUUCGACGACAAACCUCAACUCGGAGAGUCUGAGGCCAUCGGUACCGUCGCCGCCGCUCAAGCCAACUAUAUGCGCGUCAUUGUAGCUAGAGAUGAUGAUUCGUCUAAGAGCGGCAUCGAGCUGGUUUGCGUGGUGAAAGCGGUUCUGAAGAAGAUGCAGAGGACAGUUUUGGCUGGUGAUAAGGUUUUCGUUGGAUCUAUUGAUUGGAUUGAUCAGAGAGGAAUGAUCACGAAUGUGUUUGAACGACGCUCGGAGAUUCUUGAUCCACCGGUUGCCAAUCUUGAUCACUUGCUGGUUCUUUUCUCUCUUGACCAACCGAAACUGGACCCAUCCACACUCACCAGGUUCUUGGUGGAAGCUGAAUCCACUGGAAUUCCACUCACACUUGCCCUCAACAAAUGUGAACUCGUCACUCAAGCGGUAAGGAAGAGGAAUCUGAUAGCUGGGCAAUGGUCUUGUUUACAGGAAUUGGAAUAUUGGAAGACAAGAUUGCGUGGAUGGAACUAUGAACCAUUGUUUUGCAGUGUGGCAACUAGAGUCGGACUUGACGCGGUUGAAACGAAUCUGCGAAAUCAGACUUCUGUGAUUGUUGGACCUAGUGGUGUUGGAAAAUCGAGCUUAAUCAACUUAUUGAGAAAUGAAAAAGGGUUUAAGCCUGUAUUAGAUAUUAAGUGGUAUGAAAAUUCUGGCAAAAAGAAGAAAAAUUGGUUUGAAGAUCAGAGUGUAGGGGAAGUUUCAACUAGUAAUGGUAGAGGUAAACAUACAACUCGAAAUGUAUCGCUAUUGCCGGUUUGUGGAGGCGGUUACCUUGCUGAUACUCCUGGAUUUAACAAGCAUAAGUUGCUUAAAGUAACAAAGCAAGUACUUCCCCUGUGUUUUCCUGAGGUUUGUCCUGAGAUACGGAAAAUGAUUGAGGGCGGAAAAUGUUUAUUCAACGAUUGCUCGCAUAUAGGGGUAGAAGGAUGUGCUGUGAAAGAUGGUUGGGAAAGGUAUCCUGACUACUUUCAACUGCUUGAUGAGAUUAGAAUCGAGGAGGAGUCUCAACUUAAGAAGUAUGGAACCAAAAAGGAAAGUGAUGUUAGGUACUCCAAGGUGGGAAAGAUGGGUGAGAAACAAGCUGUACCACGGCUAGACCCUAAGAAGUAUAAGAGAGAGUCGAGGAAGAAGACGAAACAGACACUGUUGGCUGAGCUCGGAGAUUAA